AUGAUUCUGGUUAUUAGAUACCAAUUUAGAGCAUGGAAAACUUAUAAAAGUGCUCAUAUUCCUGAAGCAAUUCAUGUGGAUCUGAAUGUUGCAACUUAUCCGGGUGAAUUUGAUCAGUACAUGCAUUAUCCACCGAAAAUUUUCGAAGAAUACGUUCGAAUUCUUGGCAUUAACGUUGAUGAUUAUUUAAUUUUAUAUGAUCGUGGUCCACUUGGUGGGAUGAUGUUCGCAAGCAGGAUAGCUUGGUUGUUCAAAGCUUAUGAUCAUGAGAAUUUAUCGAUAUUGGAUGGAGGUUUAAAAGCUUGGCAGAAAUUUGGCGGUGAACUUAGCAGCAGGUUGAAUUUAUGCGGUUAUAAAGGAAAAAAACCAGUCGUCACAUUCUGCAUGCGUGGUUUGCAAGCUUCCAUGGUCGCUUAUGCAUUAGAAUACGCUAAUCAAAAAAUUCAACCGAAAGUCUACAGUGGAUCUUUGAAGGAAAUCGAAUUGCGUGCUCCAGAAUUAAUCUCUGAUGGCAGUUUGUCGGUGCAUUCUUAA